AUGUGGCUGCGCAGUGGGGGCAGGGACAUACGAAGGGAGCUAGUGAGUAAGGUGGGGGCAUGGGCGUGUAUGUCAGUAACACCAGCAGCAGCGGGAGCAGAGGAGCAGGACGAGCAGGCGGGGGCAGGAGCGUGCGUACCAGCAGCAGCGGGAGCGGAGGAGCGGGAUGAGCAGGUGGGGUCAGAAGCGUACGUACCAGCAGCAGCGGGAGCGGAGGAGCGGGAUGAGCAGGUGGGGGCAGAAGCGUGCGUACCAGCAGCAGCAGGAGCGAAGGAGCGGGAUGAGCAGGUGGGGGCAGAAGAGUGCGUCCCAGCAGCAGCAGGAGCGAAGGAGCGGGAUGAGCAGGUGGGGGCAGAAGCGUGCGUGCCAGCAGCAGCGGGAGCGGAGGAGCGGGAUGAGCAGGUGGGGGCAGAAGCGUGUGCAUUAGCAGCGGCGGAAGCGGGAGGGAAGAACGAGAAGGUGGGGGCAUGGUCGGGUGUACCAGUGGCAGCAGAAGCGGAAGGGAGGGAAGGGAAGGUGGGGGCACAGGCGGGCAUGACAGCAGUAGCGGAAGCGGAAAGCGGGGCAGUGAAGGUGGGGGCACAGGCGUGCAUGACAUCAGUAGCGGAAGUGGAAAGCGGGGCAGUGAAGGUGGGGGCACAGGCGGGCAUGACAGCAGUAGAGGAAGCGGAAAGCGGGGUAGUGAAGGUGGGGGCACAGGCGGGCAUGACAGCAGUAGCAGAAGCGGAAAGCGGGGCAGUGAAGGUGGGGGCACAGGCGUGCAUGACAGCAGUAGCGGAAGCGGAAAGCGGGGCAGUGAAGGCGUGUGCAGUAGCAGCACCAGAAGAGGAAGGGAAAGAAGCGAGGUUGGGGGCACAGGCGUGUGCAGUAGCAGCAGCAGAAGAGGAAGGGAAAGACGAGAAUUUGGGGGGCACAGGCGUGUGUAGUAGCAGCAGCAGAAGAGGAAGGGAAGGAGAGAAGUUGGGGCACAGACGUGUGCAGCGGCAGCAGCAGAAGAGGAAAGGAAGGAAGAGACGUUGGGGACACAGGCGUGUGCAGCAGCAGCAGCAGAAAAGGAAGGGAAAGAAGAGAAUUUGGAGACACAGGCGUGUGGAGCAGCAGCAGAAGAAGAGGAAGGGAAGGAAGAGAAAGUAG